CUGGGUUCAGCCGGCCAUGGCGUGCUGAUGAGCAGAGCUAGAAGCCACAGGGGAAGAGCCGCCCAGGUGCGCCCCAAGAGGUGCUGGAACGGAGCUUUUUUAUCGUAUCCUUCCGUCUGAGAAGCAAGCAGUCUGUUCAAGCUGCUGUGAGCUGGAGCCUGGAGCUACAAUGACGACUUUUUCAGCUCUUAAGAAUGACGUGCUUUCCAGGGAGCAACGGAGGCAACACUAUCAGGACUAUGUCAAGGGCUUGAACGCGUACGACAGACACAAGCGGUUUGUCGAGGACUACGUCAAGUUUUACGGGGAUGGCAAGUACGAACCGCCCAAAGCCCCUGUCAAAACAGACAGCGACAUCCUGCGGGAAAGCUAUCGGUUCCUGAGGUCCGACGAGGACGACGCAGACACGUCCUGGGAAGCGCGGCUUGCGAAACGCUAUUACGACAAACUCUUCAAAGAGUAUUGUAUUGCUGACCUGUCACGGUACAAGGAAAGCAAGGUGGGUUUGCGAUGGCGGACGGAGAAGGAAGUGGUUGCCGGCAAGGGACAGUUCAUCUGCGGCAACAAGGAGCACGGCGAGCGCAACGGGCUCCGUAGUUACGAGGUCAACUUCGCUUACAAGGAGGCCGGCGAGGAAAAGAACGCGCUUGUGAAGCUCCGGCUGUGUCCGAAGUGCGCCUACAAGCUGAACUACCGGAAAGAGAAGGAGCUCGCACGGCAGCAGCGGAAAGAGGAGCGAAGGUCAAGGAAGCGACGAAGGAGGGACAGUAAGGGGAAGAAAGAAGACGUCGAUUCGGACCGAGAGCCUGGUCCGGACAAAGAAGAUGCCGGCACUGCUUCGGCGGAAGAGGGGGUAGACGGAAGCCCUUCCGGCCAGCCUGCAGUACCCCCCCAGGGCGAGGGCGGAACUAGUACGGAGACGAAGACCCAAAUGACAGGUGGGUCUUUGCCGGCGGACGACAGCAUAUGGACGGGCAAGAAGCCUGAGGUGGAGCCGUCCAAAGAGGAGGAGUACGACGAGUACUUCCGAGACAUGUUCCUAUGACCUGACACGUGGCAGUGUGUUGAGCACUGCGAGGAGGCGAAUACAACGAGGCUUUGGGGAAAGGUUGUCUUACUGAACUUGACAUAUGGUUUGUGGACCUAAAGUGUGGAGUUCGUUUGGGGAUGAUUGUGGACGUGUAUAUAAUGUUUUCCAGGAUUAUGGCGGCAUGUUUACAUAUUCAGAGCCUUGGAGCACGACGGUAUAUCAUGAGUCCGAUCUCAGUGCAAAAGACACUAGUUGUAGGCGCCUGGCCCGGCCGUUUACCGUUUAAGUUAACAGCCAGCUUUUGUGUAGGCACGCACUCAUGGUGCCAGCCAUGACAUGUACAUUUCCGU